AUGAAGUCACCAUUUUAUAUUAUUGCUGUGCUUCUUCCCCUAGCUACGGAGUUAGCCCUUGCAACGCCGGUUGCGGACCCGAAUUCCGAUUCCCUCGAGGAGAGAAACAAAGGUAAUGACAAGGGCUACAAAAAUCAUCAUGAAUACGAUGACCACCAUGGAUACGGUGACCAGAACGUUUGUGAGGUCAAAUACCCUUACCCAUACUACAAGUAUCCUUGCAACUCAAGCCCCACCAACGGCACGUCUAUCCUGGGUGCUACUUUCACCUCCUUUUGCAAGUAUCAAAAUGGCGAUUCUGGAAUCUGGUACAGUGCGCCAAGAGGCUGGGUUAAGGAAGGAGAUAAGCCUCGAAGCGGGCGCAUCAAACCCAUGCCCUGUGUGAGUUCACAUUUGCGAGCUUCGCUCGUAAAGAGGGAUAGCGAGGGAAUCUCGUUGGCGAUUAUGAAAAAGUUUAUGUUGACUACUAUGCUUGCUUUCUUCUCACCUGUCGUUUCUUUUCUUCUCACUUGUUCUUUCUUUCUUCACUCUUGUUGCUUGUACUUCACCAAUCAUAAGGAAAAAUAUCAGAAAAUCCUGAUUACUUCAGGGGAAACGAAGUCCAACCAACCGAUUAAUUUAAAACGCCCGUUAGAUGAAUUCCUACUCGUGGGCAAAUUCUCCUAG